GGUUUUAUAUAAUAAUGAGCGCAGAGGCGAAGAAGCGUCUGAGCAAUCCGCAGCCCGAUCCCAGCGACACUAAGACGAAGAAAGCGCGCGGCGCGGAGACUGCAACAUGCCCGAUAUGCAACAAGUGGUUUGCCAAUGCCAGGGUGCUCCAGGCGCACGCCAACAUGUGUCUGGACUUUGUCGAGCUGGAGGAGAAAAAGGCGCAGCGCAUGAGCAAGAUACAGUCACCGGGAAAGAUCAAGUCACCGGGAAAGACGCUGUCGCCAGGCAGAAUGAAGUCGCCAGUUCAACAAGGCUCUCCAGCACGGCAAAAACAGCCGGAAGCGAAGGCGUCUGUCUCCAGAAGCCUGAAUGCCAGACUGCGGAUGGCCAUGGACAGAAAACCAAGGCCCAACGAGCCUCUUCCAAAGCCCAAGCUAGAGGAGCAGCCCCCGGAACCAGAGGAGCCCGAGGAGCCACCCAGCGACAGCAUAGAUGCGCUGCUCAGCGAGAUCGAGCAAACCUGAGCUGGCGCCCGAAACCAGCACCGAGACCAGAUACACGUACUUGGCGCAGGAAGACGGCAUCUGGCCCACCAGCCGCACGCCGAAGCCGCCCCCCUCGUACAAACGCAUGCCUCACACGCCAUUCACAGUGGAUGCGUUCAAGUACGGGCGCAUCGCAGACUGCACGGGCUACUUCCUGACGCACUUCCACUCGGACCACUACGGCGGGCUGACGCGCUCGUUCGCCGGGCACGUGUACUGCUCGCGCAUCACGGCGAAUCUGGUGAGGCACCGGCUGGGGGUGGGGGAGCGUCACGUGCACGCCCUCCCCAUGCACAGGCGCUGCCUGGUCCACGGCGUCUACGGCGCCGCCCUGAUACUGUUCGAGGUGCCCGGCGAAACGGUCAGGCGCAUUGUGCAUACCGGCGAUUUCCGCGCAGCGCCGCUGCACGUGCGGCAGAUAGCGCGGGUGUUUGCAACCGACCUCGGCCGCCCGGUGACCCCCGGGAUGCUUGGCGGGGAGGAGGCGGGCAGGCCAUCUGCAGACUACGUGUAUCUGGACACGACGUACCUGGAGCCGCGGUACAUGUUUCCGCCGCAGAGCGCAGUGGUGGCAGCGGUGGGCGAGCUCUGCUGCCGGAUCCACCAGCACACCCGGCUGCCGGCUCUACGUAUCACGCAGUGCCCCCGCGCACACCUGUUUGCCGUGGGCACAUAUACGAUUGGCAAGGAGAAGCUGCUGGUGGAGAUUGCGCGGCGCCUAAACUCGCAGAUCUACGCAGCACAGGACAAGCGCGCAUUGCUCAAACGGAUGCUGGUGGACCGGCCUGGGGAAGCACUGGUGCAUGCGGUGUCGAUGCAGAGCGUCAACAUGAAGGGCAUGGCGGAGUAUCUGGAGAAGAACUCCGGGAUUCGACCGCAUUGUCGCGUUCCGGCCCACUGGCUGGACGCAUCGCCGGGCCCACUGGUCGCCCAACCAGCGCACCGCCGCAGAUGCCCCCGCAGGGCACGCCAGCUGCAUUGCAGCCCGCCGACGAGACUGGAGUUCAGCGUGGAGAGCCUGGCGCCGCACGGGUCGUCGGACCGCGUCACGGUCUUCCCGGUGCCGUACUCGGAGCACUCGUCGUUCUCGGAGCUGGCGCAGUUUGUGUGUGGAGUGGAUGCGCAGCACGUGAUUCCAACCGUCAUCUCCUCGUCCGACAGCAACCGGGCGGCGCUGGCAUGGCUAUCGCACUGGGGCAGCAGGGGGUUAGAAUAA